ACGUCCUACGUAUCCGUCAUGGAACUAACCCGCUAUCUCACCAACGAACACGACUACGCACCGUGGACAGCUGCUUCUGUGGCUCUCGAUUAUAUUGACGUCAUGUUUUAUGGUUUACGCGAUGAAAAAGACUGGAAGGAUUACAUGACCGGUUUGGUGACGCCUCUAUACAAUCACGUAAAAUAUACCGAGAGUGCCAGCGACAUUCACUUGACAGUUUUCACACGGUCUCAAGCCGUCUAUUGGGCUUGCAGCAAAUUAAACAUAUCCGACUGUGUCCAGAACGCCGAUAGAGAUUACCAUGCGUAGAUGGCCAACGACGCCAAUGAACUGUCGCCGAAUUUACGCCGAUUGAUUUCCUGCACGGCCAUUGCUGACGGAAGUCGACCCGAAUGGAAAUUUGGCUUCGAUAAAUACGUGAAUUCGACUUUGCCCAACGAGAAAACUGAAUUGCUCCGAGCCAUCACUUGCACCGUGAAUGUCACCAUUCUCAACGAAAUGCUUGUUAUGAUGAUUACUAACAACUCGGAUAUAAGACUUCAAGACGCCAGUACCCUUUUCAGCAACAUUGCUGCCAAUCCAGUGGGACAUCAAGUGGCGAUGGAUUUCUUGACCAAUCGUUGGAAUGAAACCUCCGCUUAUUUCGGCGGCUUUCAAGGCUUCGGCGGAGGGACCAUGGCGAGACUGUUUCGCUCUCUUUGCAAUCGAGUCAACACUCAAGCGAAGCUGAAUCAGUUGAAGAAGUUGCGGAGCGAUCAUCCGGCUGAAUUGGGUUCUUCCAAAUCAGUCAGCCAAGGAAUGGAAGUGGCUGAGGCCAACGUCCUGUGGGUUCAACAACAUUACGAUACCAUCGUCAAUUGGCUCAAGAGCCAACAAUCUGCUGCGACCACACAACCAACAGUUGCCACGACUCCUUCGACAGUUGCCACCACUCCUUCGACAGCUUCCAGUGUUUACCUUGACAACUUUUCCGCUUUGAUAAUGGCCGUAUUGGCUGGAUUCUGGAGUUUGACGCGUUUUUGUUUGUUUCCAUGAAACUUAGGAGACUAUAAAAGAGGGAGAUGCAAAUUUGCGAAACAAUAAAUUGUACAAAUGAAUGAUUAAUUAAACUGUAUUCCCGCGCUUG